AUAAAAUUGACAAAAGUGUGCUGUCAUUUUUCUGUCCCAAAUCAAUCACUGUUGAUUUUCUAAAACAAAAGCUAUUUAACAAUAUUAGUAAUUAUGUUUCGAGCAAAUAAUUUUGAUAAAUUGCUCGAUAAAGCCACAAGCAAUCUACGUUUGGAUCCAGACUGGCCGACUAUUUUACAAAUCUGUGAUUUGAUUCGGCAAAAUGAUUGCACGCCAAAAUACGCAGUUGCCGCCAUCAAGAAGAAGUUGUACUCUCAGAACCCGCAUCAGGCCAUGUUUGCGCUGCUUACCCUUGAGAGUGUUGUUAAAAACUGUGGCUCGGGCAUCCAUGAUGAAGUGGCUUCAAAGGCAUUCUGUGAAAUGCUGCGAGACCUAGUAAAGACUACUCAACAUGAGAACCUCCGUACCAAAAUUUUGGAACUGAUACAAGCGUGGGGAUUUGCUUUCCGGAACAAUCCAAAAUAUAGAGCAGUACAGGACACGGUGAAUAUUCUCAAAGCCGAAGGAUACAAGUUUCCACCGCUGAAAGAGUCUGACGCCAUGUUCUCCACGGACACAGCCCCGGA